UACAUUGUUACACAGGAAGUAGUAGAGUUGCCUGAAUUCAUCGAGUCUGUUGUAAACGAAUCGUCUGUUUUAUUCCUUUGAGAGUCAAUCAUGGUUUGUGAAAAAUGUGAGAAGAAGCUUGGCCGCGUUAUUACUCCAGACACUUGGAAGGAUGGAGCCAGGAACACCACAGAAAGUGGUGGGCGCAAGUUGAAUGAAAACAAGGCUCUAACAUCUAAAAAAGCAAGGUUUGACCCUUAUGGAAAGUCCCGGUUUGCCACCUGCCGGAUCUGCAAGAGCUCCGUCCACCAGUCGGGGUCAAACUACUGCCAGGGCUGUGCCUACAAGAAAGGGAUCUGCGCCAUGUGUGGAAAGAAGGUUCUGGACACCAAAAACUACAAGCAGACGUCGGUGUGAUUGUGCAGGGCGUGCGUGAUGUAGGAAGUCUCCCCCCCGCCCCCGGCUCCACCGUCUCGUCUGCCAAUUCCACUGCAGUGUGCAUUUGUGAUGCGGCUGCAUGCGCCUGCUUUGUGCAUGACUGGAUGAUUUCUAAAACCCUUCCACGUCCAAUCCCACAGCAGCCAGCACAAGCUACUCACUGCGCUCUCCUGAGUGCCUGACACUCUUCUGUCCAUGUUUCUAAAAGUUCUUUCUCACUAUUAAGUGAAAGAUGUUUGAUAUGUUCAGUAGCUGUGUGCGUGCAGAGAUUUCAGUACGUGAAGAAUGUGUUGCAUUUGUAAAUUGUCGCUGUCAUAUUCUUUCAAAGCAAUACCUAGGUUUAAACUGUUCUAUCAGCAACACAAUAGCAAAAAGUUGUGAUAUUGGUGUGUAAAUGUUCAAUUAUCGAAAUGCUGUUUUAUUUUAGGUGCAGUAAAUGAUGAUUUUUACCAUGUAGGGCUUUUCAGUUUUAGAUGUGUGCACUUGUAACUUGGCCCAAUAUGGACGUGUUGCACCUCUAAGCCUUUUUGAGGUUUAUUGAAAUGACUACAGGAUACACUGUCCUUUGAGGACAAAUCAUAUCUUACUUGUAAUUAAGGCAUAUGCUGUCAGUUAAUUUCCUCUGUACUCCUGUCUCAAUAUGCAUCACACAGACUUGCACACUAACACUUACAUCACAGGUCUCCACAGGUCUGUAUAUGCACAAACCGUAGAUGACUUAAUAGCGGGAGUAGAGGAAACUUAAAAUACUUACAAAUUAGAGGAGCAGUAGGGAAAAAGGUCACGUACCUAGGUUUUCUGUCAAAGGUACUGAUUCUGACAUUUAAAUGCCAGUUUAGCCCCAAAGCCAAACACGAUGUUGCCCCCGUCUCAUAUCUGUAAAUGUUUAGCCACUGGCCCUAAUCUAAUAAGCUGCCGCGCAACAUCUACAGAGUCCCUAGAUAAUAAAAUAAAAAUAGAAAAAGGCCAAAAGGUACAACAGAAGCAAUAUUACAGUAAUUUUACUGACAUUCACUGGUAUCAGCAUUUCUGCUGCUAGUCUCUAAAGUGGUUUUUAGGGUUCUAGAAGCACUCUAGUUCUUUAAGCUUUGCAGGUCUGCAAUACUGUUUGGGUGUAUCAAUCAAAGGGGUUUGACUUAGAUUUUUGGUAACACAUUUUGAGGCAGUGUUACUGUUAUUUUUUACUUUAGGCAUUUUUAUUACAAGUACAAGUAGAGCAAAUAAUGUUAUUUGGUAUAUAUCAUUUAUAUCUUAACACUGAAUAAAUUGCUGUGUGAGUUACACUGACUGUAUUUCCUCUAAAUAAAGGUCCCACUUUGUGUUGAAUAAUGUAGCAUUCCCUAUCUUUGUCGUGAGGAAAGAAUACUCACUGCCUGGAGUACCGCCUUCAGGUGGGCACACAUUUUUGAAUAGCAGACGUUUUACUGAAGCAGUUCAGAUCAGUUAACUUGGUGUAAUUUGAACGUUCAGCCUUCUGGGUCCUUGUCCAGGGCUCUGCACCUUUGCGCCACUG